AUGGCUCCAGCUCAUAGCUAUAGCUCAUCCGGCGGGCCAAUCUCAUUUUUGAGGAGAUAUUGGAAGACAACUCACGCGCCUGAUUAUGUCGGCUUCCUGUUCCUCUUAACAGGCUGGAUCUUGACGGUCCUCUUCGUCAACCCAUUUCAUCGCAUGUUCUUCAUAAACGAUCUGCAGAUCUCGUAUCCCUUUGCGGUUCACGAGCGUGUCCCUGUCUUUAUGAACUUCGUAUACGCCCUUUUCAUACCGCUGGGAGUUUUAAUCGCUUACAACAUAAUCGCAAGGUCAUCAGCGGCCAAGCAUGAAGUCACUUACCUCUCGUUCCUUAUCUCUAUUGUACUCACAUCCUUCAUCACUGACAUCAUCAAGAACGCUGUUGGCAGGCCUCGUCCUGAUCUGCUAGACCGUUGCAAGCCCGCAAUCGGCACAAAGGCCAACACCCUUGUUACCAUUGAUGUCUGCACGGCAGAAGAUGGCCACAUACUGCAAGAGGGCUGGCGAUCAUUCCCUUCUGGCCACUCAUCCUUCUCAUUCGCUGGCCUUGGUUUUCUCAGCCUCUUCCUCGCCGGCCAACUUCACGUGUUUCGUUACUCGGCUGGCGGUCGUGAUCUAAGCCGCGCGUUGGUCUGCCUGCUGCCACUCAUCGGUGCUGGUCUAGUCGCUAUAUCGAGAUGCGAGGAUUAUCGCCACGACGUCUACGAUGUCUGUGUAGGCUCAGCUCUGGGCAUGAGCAUUGCGUAUUGGAGCUACAGGCGGCACUUUCCUCGCCUCUCGAGCACGAAAUGCGACGAGCCUUAUCCACGACCAGGAGUUGAUACUCAGCCGGGAUGGCAACGAAUCACGGAUGAUGAGGAGGCAGCAAGAGGGACAGAUGUAGGAUUCGAGAUGGAAAACUUGAGAGGUUCGCGACGCUGA